AUGCAUUGGAAAGGACUGCGUCUCGUGGCCGAUGGCAAGAGGCAGAGCACCAUGGAUCCUCAAGGCCUAUCCCGUCGCAGUGAACACCUUCCUCGUCCCUACCCCCCCGCCGAACCUAGACUAUCCGAGUCAAUUCCUCGCUCGCCCGGCUUGUCAGAAGAAGUAGAUCCAGGACUGCAGGUACCGGACGAGAACGGGUCAACCCAUGAGGUAUCUCAGUCGGACUUUGCAGGACCAUCCUCGGGGGACCGUCCCAACUUACGCCACAAGCGAUUCAGCUUCAUGAGACUACGCCAUGCUUCUGACCCCCAGCUAUCCAAGUCUUACGUCAAAGCGGGCGAGGAAACUCCCCCGGUCCCUUCCUUACCUCCUCCUAAAAUUAUCACUACCGCCCCGACCAGUCACGAGCUCGACCAACCGGUGAAACAGAGACCCAAGCUCAGCUUUCGACCGUCGUCAAGAAAACAGUCCAUGGAGGAAAUGUCUCGGAAAUCAAUGGAACAACCUGCGAAGCCUCGUAGAAGAGGUCAAGGAUCAACCGACUCCCAGGUUACCGACUCGACGCUUGCCAUGUCCCAGAGCAUUACCGAAGAGCCAGGGCGCUUGUCAACCAACUCACGGGGCGGGACCACACAGCCCAACGACUCCCAGCGCUCGUCGGUGAUCGAUCCCCGGUUUUCCGAAUCGUCUCGAUCAGACCAGAGCUACGGUGACCAGACAGUCACCCCAAGCAUUUCCCCUCGUGAUGUUCAACCCGUCACUACCGCAAAGCGAUUCCGUAUGCCACGCUUGACACGAUCCCGGACUCCUCUCUUUCCUUUACCCCCCAAAGUCUCGCAGCCGGCUGGAGGUGUGGAUAGUCGACCAAAGCUCCCCCCAGCAGAUACCCCAAAAUCCGAGCCUUCAGAUGGUCAGGACCAAGUUUCACCACUACCUUCGCCAGCUCGUUCCACCGUGGGAUUCGUUGCCUCCUCAAAUGUACCACCGCUAUUUCGAAAUGAUUCGACGAAUUCCGCUCGCUCAGUUCGGUCUAACCCCUCUUUUAAGAACCGAGGACGUUCGUCUACCAUGGGAUCGCUGGCCGAGAACCAAGACGACUUGUCCAUACCUCCAUAUUUGGCAUCUUCGGCGCGCACGUCCACUUCGACCAGUGGCCGCAAGAGUUUCGGUGACAUCUUUAAUAUCACGCAGCGAUUGAGGCAAAACUCAUCACCACCCUCUCCUCAUCAUGGUUCGCCCACGAUAGGUGGCGCCUCCACCCCCGUAAAGCAAGAGCUAGCAAUCCCAAAACAGGAAGAAAACGACACACCCGCUUCAUAUCUGACACGUUUAGAAGAAACUUUGCCUCGGGGCAUGAUUGCGGGUGUCCUCGCUCAAUCAGACGAGGAAUUCUACAAGGUGUGUCUCCGAAAACAUAUGAGAACCUUCUCAUACUUCGGUGACCCACUCGACAUGGCAAUCCGCAAACUUUUGAUGGAAGUCGAGCUUCCGAAAGAAACACAGCAGAUUGAUCGUUUCGUGCAAGCCUUUGCUGAUCGCUAUCACGAAUGUAAUCCUGGCAUCUUCACAUCCCCGGAUAACGCAUACUUUAUUGCAUUCUCGCUUUUGAUUCUUCACACCGAUGUCUUCAAUAAGAACAACAAACGGAAGAUGCAGAAGGCGGAUUAUGUCAAGAUAAGCCGCAGUGAAGGAAUAUCAGACGAUAUUCUUGAGUGUUUCUAUGAGAACAUCUCAUACACUCCGUUCAUUCGCGUCGAAGACGCCAAUCUCCCUGAUCGACACUUGGCGAAACCACGUCGCACUCUGUUCAAAACCACUAGCUCCGAAAAUUUGGCCCGCAUUGCACGGGAACCUGUCGACCCCUAUUCGCUUAUCCUGGAAGGUAAAUUAGGAUCUCUGCGGCCCAGCUUGAAGGAUGUCAUGGAUCUGGAUGAUACAUACAAUCAUUUUGGAACCGCUGGCCCACCCGACAUAGAUGCUCUUCACCAGGCCUUCACCAAGUCUGGAAUCUUGCAGAUUAUUUCUCUGCGCUCUCGUCCUGACGCGUUCAUGCCGGCUAGCUUAGAUAGCCCACGCGACUCAAAUCCCGGUCUGGUAGAUAUCAAAGUCGCCAAGCUCUACUUCUUCCGCAAUGUGAACUGGGUGCGCUCACUCAUGGCACAGCAGGAGGCAUAUGUUAAGAAUGGCCGUCAAGGGACUCUUGUCUUCAACCCGCCCCUUGCUGAAUUCAAGCCGGACAACAUUGUGUCUACUGGUGACACAGUUGCCCUCCUAGACUCAAGUUAUAAAAAGCAUAAGCAUGCCUUUAUCUUUGUUCGACACAACGCGUUGGAGGAGAUAUUCCUUGCCAGCUCUGAGCCUGAGAUGAAUGACUGGCUUGCACACCUCAACUACGCGGCAGCCUUCAGGACCACUGGUGUGCGCACCACGGGCAUGAUCGCCACGAAUUAUGAGGGACAGCGAUACCGCAAGAGUCAGCGAUUACGCUCGAUAUCUUCACAAAAGUCUCAACAGUCGACGGACAUAGAGCCCCCUUCUCCUAGCAUCGAUACUGACAUUGUUGCCGAAUUUGUUGCUGCGCGGCGCCAAUUAAUGAGCCAAAAAAUCCGGGAAAGAAACGAAAAGCUCGCCGUGUCACAAAAGCAACUGGAUGAUCUUUUACAAAAUGCCCGACACUUGCAAGUGCUCACUCCUCUUCACGCUCGGGCCCGUGAGGGCGUCAUCAUGGCUGCAGGCCGCCUGUCUGCCAAGAUCAAAUGGGUGAGACAGGAUAUCUGGCGUAGCAAAUGUUACCGCCAGGUUCUUCUGCGAGACUUAGGAGAGGAUGAAGAGACAGAGGAAAGUAGGGUCGGGUCGGUCUCUGAACCGACGCAAUCCCAGUCGGACGGAGCACGCCUGGCCUCUCCUUCCGGGCCGUCCGUGACAUCCGAGCCUAGCGUGGAAAGAGCCGGUAGUAUUGUGCAUACCGUCUCUAGCGCCGAUGUCCCCGAGCCUCAUGUGGCACAAACCGAGCAGCCCUCGGAGGCUGGACUGCUGGCUAAACCUUCGAAUGACGAACUGCGUCGUCCCAGUAUCCCAGGAUCUGCCACUUCAGCUGACAUUGCCCGUGUCGGGCGUCGGCGCUCUGCUGUGGCUGUACCCGAACGUGCCAAGUCAUACUCCCCCGAUCCAUCGACCAUUAAACUCGAGCGUGAAGCCUCGCUCCUCAGCCGUGCCAGCCGGUGGGAUGGAGCUAGUCUGGCUUCUCGUACAUCGAAACUGACAUCCCCUGUGGGCUUUGAUGACGGCGAGGAGCGUGUUCUAAGAGAAGCUGGUCUUCUGGAGCUGCCGGCGUCCCCGUCGGCACAUAAGAAUGAAGAGAUUGCCCCUGACGCACUUCCCGGUAAAGACACCGAGGGCGAGACACAUCCACACGACAAGAGCGAUCGACCGAGUCGUGUCCGUCGCAGCCUUCAUCGCACCCUCCGUGAUUCGCAUGCUCAUAGAAACCAUUCUCAUUCGAAGAAGAAACGGGGUUCGGUGUCUAGCAUUGGACAGGAGGAGGACGAUCAACUAUCCGGCGAUGGAGAAGUCCUUCCUCGCAAAGCCCCCAGUUUCACCGUGCAUGGCAAGAAGGCAUCCGUCGUCACAUUCGGGUCUGAAUGGCAGAACAUGCCCCCGGAGGAGCGCCUCAAGCUCCGCAAGCCCACCCCUCAUGAAGAGCCACGGGCGUCGGAUCCUGCUAUAUUGGACGGCGAGUCGAUUAUGACCGACCGCAGCCCCGAACGUCAUUCGGCGCGCAGGACGAGCAACGCAACUGGCCUAAGUGUGCGUACCAGCGACGAUCUGGCGGAGUUCAAGGAUGCGCACGAAGAGCAACCGGAAGAGCAACCGGAAGAGGACUUUGGGAGCCCGGCUUCCCCGGUGAUCACCUCGUUCCCGACCCCAGAUCCCCUAGACACCGAACAUACUCAUUGCUCUCCUUCAUCCACAAUAUACGGCCAUCUUUCCGCGCCAAGACAUGACGGCUCCCCCUCCCCCUCCCCCUCCUCUACAUCUAUCAAUGAGCGAAUCGUUGAUAGCCCGUCCAGCGAAAACAUACGCGAGCAGGCCGUAGGAGCCUGA